AUGCACAACACUACUCCUGCUGCUCUUGCAGUGAUUAGGUCCCAUAAAACAGAUGCUCCUUCUGUCAUAAACCUCGCUGAGGAGUUUCAAAGACUUCAGCAUGAGUAUGAAGAUAUCAAUGGAGAUAAGUUUGAACAAGCCAUUCAGAGCAAGCUUCUCGAGCAGAGAAAAGCUUUUCUUCACCAUCUUGAGUCUAUGUUCUCUGAAAUCAACGACUUUUCCAAUCGAAAAAUUCAAGAAACAAACGCCAAAUUCGGUUUCACCUUACCACUUGAGGAACUGAAGAAAGUUUCUUAUUCGAAUAUCGCUGAGCACGAGCGGCGAUUUAUUGCCAAAGAGAGAGAGUGUGCUGCUGUCCAGAAGAAACAUUUGAAGGAGCGCUUAGAAGAAAUCAAAUUUCAAAUUUCAUCCGCACUGGGGAUCACCGUCACUGCGAAUCCAUCCUCGCUCACCCAAACUACCCAAAGCCCCGAUAAUACAAUCAAAAUCGCACAGCUUCUUGAAAGCAACCGCUCUCUCCAAAACGAACUCGAAGUCUCAAAACAAACCGUGAUCAAACUUGAAGCUGAAAAGAAGCAAGACAAUAGAACCAUUGUUAGAUUACAGACCCUCAACCACGAAGUCCGACAGGAAAACGCCACUCUCAAAGAAGAAUUGAAACAACUCAAAGAAAAUAUCUCACACUAUGAAGUGGUCGCAAACUCUUGUUCUCGUGUCCGUGCCGGGUACCACAAUACUGGACACGUUUACUGCGACGGUGACGUAUUCUAUAACAUCAAAGGCCACCCUCCAGCCAACAGAGAGGUGAUCGAUCGUCGUAACAAUGCUUGCCAUCAAGGAGACAUCGCGGCCGAUUAUGCGUUGUUCAAGAUCGAUCCAAAUCGUGCUGGUUGGAGUACUGGAGGGGAGCGCUAUAUGGAUUUCACAAAUGCGUAUCGCGUGACACCGCAUCAAUGGGCGAAGAUUCUCUUAGUUUCCAAGGCGCGCCCCGAUCGGGUUCUCCUUGAAGUUCUCAACAUGCAUGGUACGAUGUACCGUUGUUACGCCAACACAAAAUACACCCACAACCCCCAAAAUGAUGUAACUUUCAAUGUCCUCUUCGCAAAGCUUUUCAAGAGAUACAAGGAUCUGUUGGCAACUGCAAACCAACUCCCUUCGGCCACACGAUACGAAAACCUUGUCACCUUUGUCAAGCAAGCUGCGAACGAUCGGGGGGAAAUGGGGGAAAUAGUUCGAAGAACUGUUGCUCACGAGAAAGCUCGGUGCUUCGAACAAGCCCGGGUGGUUUCGCCAUACAUUCUUCCAAGAAGAAGCCAAUACAACGCGGCCAGUGUAGGCAAUAGUAUUCCCCGUAAUCCGUAUACGGGUUAG